AUGGAGGGCUUUGCUAUGGAAAAAAAUUUCACAAGAGAGCUCACGCUAAACAUAACAAGCACAGCCUUGUCAGCGUUGGGGAAACAACGUCACGUUUUCAUUCCAGUUUUGAACAUUGUUCUCUCCAUAACAGCAACACUCGGAAACGUUUUGAUUCUUGUGGCACUCCGUAAAGUUUCUUCUCUUCACCCUCCAACAAAGCUUCUGUUUCGAUGUCUGGCUUUCACUGAUCUUUGUGUUGGCCUCAUCUCGCAGCCUCUCUACGCUGUGGCUGUGAUGCCUCGGUCAACAAAAAUGAACAGAGAUCUUCUGAGCUAUUUCAUCUUAGGAAAUUAUGUUUCAAGUUACAUCUUAUGCGGAGUAUCAGCUUUAACAUCCACCGCUAUAAGCUUAGACAGGCUUCUUGCUCUCUUAUUGGGGCUUAGGUACAGACAAGUUGUUACCCUGAAACGUGUCCGUGUAGUUCUGUUAUGUCUUUGGUCAGUAAGCGUCUUUGGUGGAUCAAUGUAUCUUUGGAGUAUUCGUGUGACGUGGAUUGUAGUUGCUUUUUUUCUGAUACUUUGCCUUCUUACUUCUAUUUUCUCUUACAUAAAGAUUUAUAUCAAGUUGCUGGAGCAUCAAACACGAGUCCGAGACAGCGUCAAUCAUGGGCUGCCCAACGGGGGAGGAAUUCCGCUAAAUGACAUGACAAGGUACAAGAAGACAGUUUUUAGCAUAUCAUGGGUACAGUUGGCACAGAUUUUUUGCUAUGCUCCUUAUGGGAUUGAAUCUAUAUUAUGGAUACAAGGAGUGACAUCCGAAGGCGCGGUUAGCUGGCUUUCCACAGCAACUUUGGUUUAUUUAAAUUCGUCUCUGAAUCCCAUUCUUUACUGCUGGAAGAUGAGAGAAGUAAGACAAGAAGCAAAGGACACAGUAAAACAAUUGUGUUAUUUCUUGAAUUAA